AAAAUGGAGACAGGAUAUUUGUUGGAAAAUCGAAAAUGGAAAGAAAAAAUCGGUUGACCGAGCUCGUGUGCUCCGUCGAGGAGAAAUUCAUGAACAAUGAAAAAGUUAUUAACAAUUGCAGAGUAUUUUAACGACUGAAGUAAAUUUCUAGUGCCCAUUUUGCCCCAUGGUCUGUUCUAUUAUGAUUUAUUCAACAAUUUGUUCGUGAAUUGAUGAAAUGCUGGUGAAUAGAGGGUUUUGCGCACCUCAAUCGCGAUCUACCGAGGCUUUGGACUGCAGACGUUGUCGGCAAAUGCUCGUAUUGGAUUCAAGUUUUGUCACGGUCGUGUGUAUACUUCCAAGUUUACAUAUAUAGUCCACAUAACGAUAGUGUUACAGUGGACGAUUGCCAAGACAUCUUUGACGAGCGCCAUUCUACUUUUUGAUAGAUCGAAUGAGCUCGAUCGGCAAUACCUCGGGAUUGGCUGAGUGAAUUUUGAAGAGCUUUACUUCAUUUUGAAGGUUUUUCGGGGGGUUUAUUAUGAGGUUUCAGCCGGUACAAUGGUAGCGCUGGGUCAAGAUAUAUUUGAGGUUCCAAAAAUCUUGUUUUCGUCCCACAGAAGUAGGUUAAUACUAUGCGUGACGAAACUAGCUGUAUCUGGGAAACUAGUGGGUUUAUUGAAAAAAGUCAUAAAUACUUUUUUACAGCCCGUGAAAUUCCUCAAAAAGGAAGUCUCUUGGGUUUUCUUGAUUAAUCCAAUCGUGUUCGAGAUAUUAGAGAUUUUCAGCUUUUGACAACUUUUUUUAUACGCUGAGUUCUUAGGUUUGAUAAACCUCGCGAUAGCUUCAAAAGUACUACAUUUAUCAUAAAAUAUUAUAGCAUCUUUUUUAUAGCUUUUGAAAUUCCCCAUAAACAAAGUCAUUCAACAUUUUUCAAUUAAACCAACGGUUCAGGAGAUAGUAACCAUUUUGGGGAUAAAAAACCCAGUGAAGUCUUUUUCCGACUCGUGGUUUCUGGACAAAUUUAGAUCAGCUAAUUGACUAUUUCAUCUCAUUUCAGGUUAUUAGUGCAUAACUGGAAGUUUUAUUUACUCGCGUUUAUUUUAAUAUAUGAGUCAGUGUCGACUUGAUACCUCGCGACAUUGACGUGCGACAGAAUGGAAUUGAAGAAUGAUUUUUUUAGUUAUGUAAUGAGGCGCUACAUCUACCAGUCACGUAUGCAGUUUAAAGCGCUCGUUUUUCGUUGGUAAAUAUUGCCGCGCAGUAGGCUAAACAGGGCUGUAUUUUUGUGUUUUGUCAAAUUCUAUUGAUUCAAAAUUUGCGGAUAUAAGAUUUCUAGGGCCCAUUGGCCUGUCGAAAGGUACAAAAAUAUGGCAAAAGGAACAAAUAAAAUUUUCAAAACGAAAAAAGGAACAACAUUUGCGAUUACAUGUGUACGUUAUUUUUGUUUUUUGUUAUUUUUUGUUUGAUGUCAGUCAAGACAAUACUCUCUCGCAUCAGCACUUGAAUGGUAACGGUAUGGGAAUCCUCGUCACAGUUCGCAUCCUUCAUAGAUGGAUGACCUCGGAAUAUUUUCCCAUGCUGAAUCCUUUACGUUUUUUUCUAUUUUUUUCAAUUGAUUUUUUUCGGGACUUUAAAUGGAUUUUUUCUCGUUAUUUGGUCAUGUCCAUUUUUGCAAAAAACCAAAUAUACCAUCCGUACUCCCGCAUUAGCCCAAAUUGGUCACCGUCCGCAAAUCCAACGAUUUUAUUUACGGUCUUUAAAAAAUUUCCUUCCUACUCCGAGGAUUAUGUGCAAUGAACCUUACGAUAUCUCGAAUACUACUAGGUCUAUCGAAAAAAGUCAUAAGAUCUUUUUCAUAGCCCUUGUUAUUUCCAACAAAAAAGGUAUUGUGUAACUUUUCAAUCCACCCAGAAGUUUACGAGAUAUUAUCAUAAAACGUCAUUUUUUCCCCGUACGAAUAAUUAUCCUCUUCUAAAUCUCGUAAUAUCUCCCAAACUUUCGGUUUAAUUGAAAAAUAUCACAGGACCUUUAUCGUAGCCCUCGAAAUUUUCCACAGAAAAAGUUCUGAGGCUUUUUUCGAUAAAACCAACAGGUGUGAAGAUAUCAAAUAUUCAAUUUCUGAAGAAAAUUAAAUUGAUUUUUGCUCUACCCUCGACUGUGAUUACCAUAAUAUUAUUAACAAAAAAAAAUGACGGAAUCCUCGACGAUGAGGGAUUGACUUAAUAGGUUUUGCUAGGCAUGCUUAGGUGCGCUGAGCGAUUCAUAAGUCUCCCUAACGUUCUUACAAUGUCCAGUAUUGCGUCAACAGGUAUAAAGAAAUCUCAACCGGUUUUCCUCGCUCUUUUCUUUCCUCAUUUUCUCGACUAGCUUGAAUGGCUGGCAGUGCCCUUUUACGCUGAAAUUUCUCUAAAAAAAUUCUUCUUCGGGCCAUCGAGGGCGUCGAUAUGCGCUUUACACAGCUAGAAAUGCUGUGGCCAUGGCCCAAGGACACGUUGAAUUAUUAAUGAAAUUGUUUCGAUACCGUUGUCGACUUUAGUCUGACUACGCUCUGCUCGUUUGAGUAUAUGAGGACGAGUAUGUGGGACGCCACGUUUAUGUUUGUGAGGAAUAGGCAUUUAUGGACAUCGCGGGAGACUGUGAAUCGAUGUGGACCUGUUGAUGACUAGUUCAAUGAAUGUAUUUCCUUGGGCAACUGUGUGAUUCGUACUAGUCUCAUUUCAGAGAUCGGAAAAUUUUAUUUGCGACGUUGAAACCGAGACACUAUCGUUUUUUACUAUUAACCCUAUUUUAAUAAAUAUCUCGGAAUCUAGAGGCGCUGCCAAAUUUUUUUUUAUCAAUUUAGUAUAAAAAGGAUUUCGAAAAAUAUUUGAUAACUUCGAAACCGUGGGAUUUAUUCAAAAUCGCUGGAUAUGCUCACGCUUUUGUAAGUACCUGAAUGAGCCCGUAAAUUAACGAUUUCCAGAUUGUUUUUCAGUAUCGACAUUGCAGGGCAUGAAAAAAACUACAUGUAGAAUUUGUCAAGAUACUUAAUCUUUCAAUAAAACGCACACUCUGAGGUCACCCGCAAUGAUCGCAUCGCCAAUUCGAUAUUUCCCGUCGUUGAAGAUAAAUCCUCUCCAUAUUUCGUGAUAGUUUCAUUAAACCGGAAGUCCAAAACACCUUGAGGAUGGAAUUCACUUGCUCACCCACGCAGCAUCAGUUGGAGCCCACCUAGUUUUAUAAAUUACGCAAUACCAAAUAUGUGCAAAUGUAGGGGACAACCCCGGGGAAGUUGAUGUAUUGUGUCAUCGUGGCGACCAUUGCGUGCUGGUAUAUGCCAGCUAAUAAUAAUAGUGAAACAAGCGAAGUCGCAUAAAAAUCAGUGUCGAAUUUCAUUCUCAUGGUGUUGGUGUCACCUUUGGCUCUGGAGGAGGAAGGAAGCCUCAAGAACCGCACCCUGUAUACAUUUUGAGGAGUUGUAUGCGCCAGGGAGCUCAGGCCAUGAACGACCAACCCGUUUGUCUGUCUACUUUCUGGGUUUCCUCACUCGAUCGCGCCUAUACUCGGUUAUAGUGGAUGCUACCCGGACAGUUACCGAGCCGUGACUGCAUUUGGGUCAUUGGUGAGGCAUGUGUACGUUCAUUGAACCGUGUUCAACUGUAUAGCUACCGGCUAUCGGUUCUCCUAGUACAUCGUGACUAAUUUAAACGCACAGACUGGUAAAAAUCUUCACGUGACACCUGGUGCUUAACGCACCAAGAAAACUUGUGAAUUCGAUAGAAAAUUCUACUGAAUUCCCAUCAAAUCUCUAUUAAAAAUUCCCUCAAUUUUUUUAUUCCUAUUAAAUAUGUAUUAAAGACUCAUUUAGGUCUUGAAUUUCUAGAGAAACUUUUGUUAGUUUUUUUUCAAUGGAUUAGCUGUACUCCAGCUAUGCUAUGGGUUAAAAAUGUGCAAUAGAAAUUAUUUUUUAGAGAAGAAGUGCAAAAUUCAAUUUUUCGACUCUCUCUGCGUAUCUUUUCACAUUCUCCUGUGGAUCGGGCGUUGGUUGCGAAUAUCCACUUCACCGUUCCCCAGUCGCACACAAUUUCGAUGUGAUAAGCCAUCCAUAUCACCGGAAAUAUGAUUAUGAGCCUAUUUCUGCGCAUAACACCACUCAACUCCUAUUCCAGCGAAGAAAAAUCUUCAAACUGUAAAAUAUUUAAUCAUCGAUAUGUCCGGACUUCGAUUGGGUCGAGGCACGCAUUAUUUUUAAACUGUCAAAAAAUUCUUGACAUUGAAAACAAAAUCACCAGGAUUCACUCCGCCAAUUUUGAGUUACUCGCGUUUAAAUGUAAUCGAAUUUCCAAGAUCGUUUGUGGCAUUCGGUGAGUUAAUUUUUGUUUUACGCAACAGAAAGGCAUAAAUAAUCUCAGCGUUUUCCUGCUCGUACUAUGACCUCCAGGACAACUCGCCUAGAAUUUAAUCAUCGAUAACCCAACCCAACGACUGGUAUUGCGUUCUCCUAACGAUUUCUCGCAGUGCGACGUCUUUAUUGUGAAGAGGCAUUAAGUGGACGCGAACUCGUUCCUCUCUCUAUUUUUAGCGGUAAUUCCUCGAAUGAAAAUUUGCCGUUAGACAACCACCGCUGAAUGAUAUUCAUCAACACCCGAUUGUCUCCUUGCACCAGCAAUCGUUAUUCCAAGCAGUCACAAUUGCAUGCGAAAUGAAAAACCCUUAUUACUCUAUUUUGCUGUGGUAAGAUAGUUUAUACAACUCCAACGUCAUUCUACAACAAGUGAAAGUGAAAAAUAUCGGGUUCGCUGAUUGUGCUUUCCACAUCGCACCCGGUUAUAAUAUUAUCGGUCCGAUGGAAAAGUUGAGUAAACGAUAGAACAGGAGAAUUCAAUGAAUUCCUUCCAGAUAUUUGUAAAUUGAAAAGAAAUGCUGGUAAAAUCAUUCAACUUUAACGUUAGAAAUAAAAACUGGGUACAUUCACAUGAUUUUUCGUUACACAUAAUGUUCUAGAACAUAAAAUUGAAUCAACAAUUAAAACAAGUAAAAUAGAUAAAUUAAAAUACAAAGGAGGAACAUUGAGAUAAAUUUUCAUGUCAUCUAGAUAUUUAUCUAGGCAAUAAUCCUCAUAGAGACGACGAGGGAUACGUUUAAUCGAUAAGCGUUGUACACACCUCGAGUUCGUCAUCACUUAGUCUUUGCGUUUGACCAGAAGAAAUGCCGACGAAUAGUCCGGAUUGGCCGUCCAGUUGGUCCCCCCCGUCCAAAAAUAUCGCGAACCUCGUCGCCAUCGAGUUGCCCCACGCGAAACAACUCGAAUUAAAUUGCGCCAGUAACGAAUCCGUCUUCCUGGAAUAUCCCUGGGCAUAUGUGCCGCGGGAAGUUCUGUUAAAAAUCUCCCAAGAAGCAGACUCCACCCUGGAGUCCCACAGGGCCCAGAUCGAGGCAUACAAACCGCAAAUGCUUUUGCUCGGUUACGCCUCCAGCGAGCUCUGCUCCACGCAGUACGUCCUCUGCUUGACGGAGGAGGUCCGCGACGAGAUGGUGAAUCGAAAUCGUCAGAUAACACGAACCAUCCACGAUCGAGUCUCCAAGAUGAUGAGGAAAGCGCCCCUCAAGUGUCCAGGCAUCUUCGAGGACAACUUAGACCACGACGACACCUUCUUCAGAAGCACAAGAUCCCUCUUCGAGAUCGAGAUCAGCCGCAAGUCGCUAGCCUCCAAGGACUCUCCAAACUUGUCAGACAGACCCAGUGAGUCCACCAGAGACGGCUAUUUGGAUAUCCUCCUGCCCUCCACCUCGCGAUUCUCAAACGUCCGGAUGAAGCUGGUGACGAAAUCCCUGCAGACGAACCUUCCACCGGCUACGACAGGCGUGCAAACCUACCUAGGCUAUCCGAAGACCAAGUGGACUCAAUACGACGACGCAUCGUCACCCGGAGAAAGCAAGAAGCCAGAGGUUGAGAAAUCCCGAGAGGAAAGUAGUCUAACAGGUCACUCGGAGGUCAUAACUUCGACGGAGGAGAAGACGACACACCAAAUGCCGAGUGUUAAUGAGACUCUGGAGAAGCAGGCCGAGUCCUUGAACCUCUUCUUCGAAGCGAGUCUUCCGGAUAUCACAGACUGUAUCAGAUAUAACUCGGAAAUAAACAUGCACUCCGAUGACAUCGAGAGCCUUGCCAACUGCGACGGCGGUCCGGAAGCAUCAAGAGUGAUUGAUUAUAAUCUGCACGAGAGCUGUUCUCUAGUGGAUUUCAGGGCCACCAGGGCCAGGGUCAUUUCCGACGUCGCUUGGCACCCAAGUCGUCCAGAUUACGUCGCUAUAUGUUACGCUAAAGCCGACAGCUGCGGUGACGAUUUUUCGUGUAUCUUCACCGACCAAAUGGACAUCGCAGCGGUGUUGUGGUCAUUGACAGACCCGUUGAAGCCCAAGAUGUUCCUGGGGGACUGUAAGGAUGUAAACGUGAUGAGUUUCUGUCCAUCUAAGGACUCCGUUCUCGUUGGAGGAUCAACAAGCGGACAAAUCGUUAUGUGGGAGUUGGGUAACAUCGACAGCAUCACUGAAAGAUCAACAAGGGGCUGCCACCGAGUGGAUUCAUGUGCCUCGUCAGACCCGGGAGAUUCUCAUCUGCUCCCCAUCAGGGCCAUUCACUGGCUGCCGACUUGCUGUCGACUCGAGCCCAAUGGAAAGAUGAACAAGAUUCCGGAUAACAUGAGUAUGCAAUUCAUGACGACUUCCGAGGAUGGUACAAUCGCCUUCUGGGAUCUUCUUUGGCAGCCGAACAUGGCGACGACUGCCAAGAAUCUGCUGAAUAUCGUGGCAGCUAAGAUGUCGUUGACCGAAGGCUUGGAGAGAUUGGACAACAUCUUCCGUCCGCACUAUCGAUUGCAUAUUGUUCCAGCUAAGGAGACAUCCAGCCUCACGGUUUUAGAUCUUUCUCCUGCAUCUCCGGAGAGUUACGACAGCAUUCAGGCUGAUACGAUUGAUCCAGACGCCAAUGAGGCGUCCAGGAGAUUGUGGGUCAGCACACCUCAGGGGGAACUCCUCUUAUGUACCUGGAGGGGGCAGGAAUUUGAGGACAUCUGUCACGAAAAUGUUGAUAUCACUGAUAGAUCCGUCUUGAUUCAUGACGGUCCGCUCGUUAAGAUUGUACGAUCUCAUCACAUUAGUGAUGUUCUGCUGACAAUCGGGGGAAGUGUCUUUGCCAUCUGGAAGGACGACUACCUCAGAAGACCCCUCAUCUGGAGAAAAGGUAAUUGCUUGUACACCAGCUGCUGCUGGUGUGACAAGCCCGGGGUCUUCUGUGUAGCUAGAAAUGACGGUGACCUUGAAACAUGGGACAUAUGCCGGAAGACUGGUGAACCGGUCCACGUACAGACUAUUUCUGGAAAGUUGAUAACGGGACUGCACAGGGGCUCUUUUGAUUCGCGGUUUAUCGGUGUUUGCGAUUACAGCGGUGCUUUUAGAAUAUUCAAGGAAGUGUGCGACGCCGAGUCCAGUGGAUCUGAGAGAAUUGAAUGGCUGAGGAAGUUUGUUGAUCGUGAAGUGGAGAGGAGUGAGGAGUUUUAUGGCUGGCAGGACGAUUAUCUCGAAAAUAAUGAGGUGGCUGUGAUGAGGAGGGAGGCUAGGGCCGCUGAGGAGGCGAGGCGACGCCAUGAAGAAGCCAGAGAAAAGUUUAUGAAGGAUCAGGAGGCGAUGAUCAGACUCAAAGCCGAACGUCGAGCCCUCAAAAUCCCUAAAUCCAAGGAUACUAUUCUGAGGCUGGAGAAUAUCGAAAGAAUGAAGACUGUUUUGUUGCAGAAGAAGGGUUUUGACCCUUGUAAGCUCGAUGACGCGAGGUCCCCGAUGGUUCAACAACAGGAAGAGAAGAUGAUGAGGAUGAUUAAGGUGCAGGAAAAAGUUGCUCAUAGAGACAGUUAUUUCACGCAAGCGUUGGCGGUUGAAUUUCCGGAUGCUUGUGCGGACGCCCACGAGGGAGAAAAUGUCAAGACUUGUGAUGGGCUCGGGAACGUGAUGAGAGUUUUGAACGAUGAAGAUGAAUAUGGACGGGUGAGGGGGGAAGCGAUGGAGGUUCUUAAGAAGAAUCCGACGAUUCCUGGGUUUGAUUGGAAUGUCGUGAUGAGGGACAGCCAGCGGAGGAAGGGCUCUCUGAAGAAGUAAUUAGCGGUACAUGGAGAGGAAUAAUCGUUAACAAUUAUCCUAUGGUUCUGUGAAACUUUGUCAUGAGUCAUCCCCAUGUCAUUACUGCCCGAAAUCUAGCAAAAAUUAAUCUAUGAUAAGCAGAUUUUAUUCUAGGUCAGGGAAACCUUGUUCUGCUAAGAAUAACAACUUCUGUGCCCGUAGAGUAAAAAUUACUGUAGGGUAAAAUUGAUCAAAAGUACAUGUUUUUCUCAGACAAAUGGAUUCCCAGAAAAAAAUUUUCUCAUCGUAUUUUCUGAUUCAUUAUAUUGUUUAAGUUGUGGAAUUAUCGUCAAUUUUAUUGUUUGUGGUUUCAGGUCCUAGGAAUUAUUUGCAUGGCGUGUGCCUCACCGUCUUGGAAUGGCGCAGCAAGUUGGUUUUUAUUCGUAGCAAUAA